GACUGAGAAAAAGGGAAAAUCGGAAAAUUGGAAAUCCAGUUUUCAGUUUUUAGUUUUUGUGCAGCGAAUUAAGCAAUAAAAGAUUUCCAAUGAGCCAAGCUAGCACAGCACCUGCGGCAGCGGAUACUUCCAAAAGCGACGAUGAACAGUUUGAGGACGCUCAGAGUAAAAACGAGCGAUACGUUGACGAGGUGAUCGAGAAGGUGACGGGAUUGUCGCUUAAAAAACCCCCGGAAUCGGACACGGAGGAGUUUGCGGACUGUGAGCAAACGACGGAACACGUCAGUGCUGCCGGGAAGGAAGCCGCGACGUCCGGGGACGAAGCAGAUGAUUUCGUCGAUGAAGAUUCACAGCGAGAUUACGAGACGGGACUGACGGAGCAACAAAAAACGACGAACCGGGCGAAGGCGGAAGAACUCAAACUGCAGGGCAACGAGCUGUUCAAGCGAGGUGAACACCAGCAAUCAGCUAUCAUUUACACUAGCGCGUUGCGAGUAUGUCCACUCGAUAGCAAAGAAGAACGCGCAAUUCUGUACGCGAACCGGGCUGCCGCCAAGUCCAAACUAAACUGCAAACCUUCUGCCAUCGACGAUUGCAAUAAAGCGCUCGAGUAUAAUCCAAAAUACUUGAAAGCACUGUUAAGGCGAGCCAAUCUGCACGAAGAGACUGACAAGCUGGACGAAAGCUUAGAAGAUUUCCGGAAGGUGUUGGAGCUAGAUCCGGGUAACGGCGAGGCCAGGGGAGCACAGGUGCGGUUGCCACCAAAGAUAGCGGAGCGUAACGAGCGGCUAAAGGAGGAAAUGAUGGGCAAACUGAAGGACCUGGGCAACUUGAUACUGCGACCUUUCGGUCUAUCGACGCAGAACUUCCAGAUGCAGCAAGAUCCGCAGAGCGGUUCCUAUUCCAUCAACUUUAAGCAGAACACAAACCAAUGACCAACGGAAAACAACCGAAGAGCCGGCUGAACACGAACAACGUUGAAGCUAAUUUAUGUUUGAACAUUAGGGUUGUUGAACACGUGAUCAAAGAAUUAAAUCGAUUAUAAAGCAUCAA